CGGGCAGCUCGAAAUUCACGGUUUUCCCUGCUUCUGGCCAGUGGUUGAGACCGAGAUGGCGCCGCCCCCGUCCCCGCCGGUGCGACGCACGCGCGCCAAGUCCUCGUCCACGUCGUCGGACCUCAUGGAAGACACCGCGCCGCCGGCCGCCGGCACGACGACCAAGAAGCGCAAGCUCACCGAUGCGCCCAAGCGCCGUGGCCGCAAGGCCAAGGGCAAGCGCAAGCACUCGGACGAAGACGACGACGACGAUGAUGACGACGAUGACGACGAGGUCGAUGAGGCCGACCUCUGCGAGCUCUGCCGCGUCAAUGAGAACGACGAGCUAAGCUUGAUUUGCGACGCCUGCGAAAAAGUGUACCACACAUACUGCCUCGUGCCACCGCUCAAGGCCAUUCCGGCCGGCGACUGGGUAUGUCCCAAGUGCGUCGCGGAGAAGGAGGCCGAGAAAGCACCGACCUCGGCGUCGCCUGCGCGGCAGACGCCGCCCCAACAUAUGCCGUCGUUCCAGCACCCGCGCACGAGCCUUCCGGUGCCGCCAUCGUUUCACAUGCAAUCCUCGUAUCACCAGCCGCAUCGGAUGACGCCUCCGCACAUAGCGCCCAACCAACCUCCUCCAGGGUAUCCCCACAGCUCGCCCGCGACAGGUCUGCAUCACCCGUUGCGCCCGGCACCGCACCUUCGCCAGCUACCGAUGCCAUCGUACCACAACGUACCGCCGCCGAUAGCGGUGCACCGCCCGCUGCCAUCUCAGCAACACCAGCAACAACAACACCAGCAGCAGCAACAGCAACAGCAACAGCAGCAACAGCAACAGCAGCAGCAAAAGCACCUUGCGUACCCGCACCACCACCAAACGUACUCGUCGGACGUGUCGAGCGGACCGUUGCCCGUGGCGCCGUUUCCGAGCAAGGGCCGCGACGUGCAAGAUUUCUCGGAGCAGAACGAGCUCUUGCGCCGCGAAAACCAGAAGCUCAUCGAGUGGGUCGAUCGCCUCACGCGCCGCGUCGACGAGCUCAGCGCGGUGGAAGAGACGCUGCGUGCGACCCAGUACAAGUACCGCAAGAUGGAGUCGCAGCUGCUCGAUUUGCAGGCGCAGCUGGCGAUGGCACCGAACAAUGUGCCGCCCAAGAGCGCUCCUGGCUACGCUCGCACGACCCUGCCGUACCACCACCCCGCGUGCCAGAGUACCGGUCCGACUUCAACCCGAACGCCCCUCGGUACGCGACGCCGCAAGAGCUCCCGCGGCCAUCCUACGCGCCGCCGCCGCAAGCAGAAGAGCCGCCCGCGCCGCCUGCUCGGCCGGCCAAGACGUCGUCGGGGCGGUACUUUCCGAAGGGCUAUGGACAGCCGUACGAGGCCCCGACGCCGGCAGCGCCCGCCACGUCGCACGCGUCGACGUAUGCACAGCAUGCGGCGUCGAAUCGGCAUUCGGGGCACCACGUGAUGCCGCUGCCGCCGCCGCCGACGCGGGGCCCCAACCCAAAUGCGAACUCGGCCACGAGUGCGCCGACUUCUGUCACCAACUACCGCGGCGGCGCGCCGUUCGAGUUUCCCAAGCCGAGCGCGAUGGGCUUUGGGUCGCAGCGGUCGCCGGCGGGUCGAGCGACGGGGCCGUCGCCGCGCAACAAUGCGACGCUCGCGCCAUUGGGCAAGCGUCCGCUGCUGCUGCAAGAGAAGGGUAGCAACAGCAACACGCCGACGUCGAGCACGCUCAAGGGCCCGAUGCCCAUGGCGACGCCACCGCGGGUGUACCGCACCAACAAGGAGCGGAGUCUGUCGAACGAAGACGGCGACGACAAUGCGACGCAGCGACCAGUUGCCAUGGACAAGACGACGACCGCCAAAGGCCACGACGACGACGACGACGACGACGACGUGCCGACGCACAAGAAGCAAAAGCGGCUCUCGGCCGUGGGAGGAGGCGGCCGUGCACCAAGCGGCCAAGUACCGUCGCGCGCAAGAAGCCGAGACGGACGCGGCCGACGUGCUCAAGUCAAUUCGCCAGUCGGACCGCCCGCGGUUGUCGCCGCAUGCAUCCAACAAGUCGUCGGAUGGGACAGACAAGAUUGGGGUUACACGCCGCGGAGCCGCCGCCUCCUCCUCGAGCGCUACCACCUCAAGCGCACGAAGCGGCUCACGCGCCACAAGUGGUUCAAGUACCCAGUGCGCAAGACGCUCGCGGAUUCGCGGCCCCGGGUGAAGGGCCGCUUCGUCAAGAACGACGAGCACGACGGCAGUCCGUCGGCGCGCUUUGACGACGACAAGCCGCCGAUCGCGGUGCCGACCGACUUUGACUACAUCCAGGCGUUUGCAGCGUGUGUCAAGGACACGCAAACCUCGGUCGAAGACGUGGUCGCCGACAUCGUCGCGGCCAAGCAGCUCAUCUCGUGGGACACGUGGACGAUGGAGCUCGAGCAUGCGCUGAUUGCGCUGCUCCCAAAGGAUUAUGCGAGCUCGCCGUUCCCCGCGAUCUUUGCCGAGCUUGUCUAUAUCCUCGGCGACGCGGAAGAGGAGUGCAACCAGGCCAACUACUGCAAGGCGCUGCAGGCCGGCGCGAUCUACGUGGCCAUUUGCCUCUCGCUCUUUACGAGUUUGGACCCGCCGUCGUCGUACGCGCAUGACGCCGACCUCUCGCCGAUCGUGCGCUACUACCUCGCGUCGAUCGAAGAGAUGUACCGGACCGCGCCGCGUGUCGAGCGCCGACACACGUUUGCGCUCAUGAAGGCGAUCGUCGAUGGCAUCGCCGGCGUCAUCUGCACGGGCUUUGAGACGGGGAAGCGGUAUCUCCGCCCCGUCUCGAUCCCCGCGAUCCUCGCCGCCGCGCCGCCCAGUAGCAGUAGUAGAAGUCCCGACGACGACGAGUCGGCGUUGUAA